UCCACAGCUGACGUUGCAGAUUACGCACGUGUUUUGGGAGAGCGAAACAUUGGGGGCGUGACAUUGGGCCGAAGAAAAUGGGUAAAGCUAAGAAGAUUAAAGCCAGUCAGACGCCCCAAAACCUGCCCUUGGCUCAUCAGAUCGAGCGGGCGGGCACGGUGGUGGAACGCGAUGUGUCGCGCGCCAAAGCCCAUCGGGGCUCCAAAUAUCCCGAAAACGCCGAGGGCGAUCAAGUGGUGGGCGGGAAACUCUCGCAGCAGAUCCUGAGCCAAGCGCGUCAGCAACUCGAAGAACUGGCCCAAGAAAGCCCGCCCACCACCGGGACGCCCCAGCGCCCACCUCUGUCUCGACUCGGUCCCCCACUCGAUGCCGACGACGACGAUGAUGCUGAUGACCUGGGCCUUGGCUCCGAUCAUCCCGAUCCGGAAAUGGACGGAGCGGACUUUGCCACCGAUCUGCACAUCAACGAAAAGGACAACCAAGCCUUUGCGGCCUUCAUGACCCACUCGAACGAGCCCAAACGCACAUUGGCCCAAAUCAUCCAAGCCAAGAUCGACGAGAAGCGCACCGAGAUCGAAACGGAAUUCUCGGACGCCGGAAGCCUCCAAAAGCAAGCUUUUGACCCGGCCACGGUCGCCAUGUUCGAAGGCGUGGGCCGCGUUUUGGCCCGUUAUCGGAGCGGUAAAGUGCCCAAAGCCUUCAAGGUGGUGCCCCAAUUCCGCCAUUGGGAGGAUUUGAUCUUGCUCACCCAACCCGAUAAUUGGUCGGCCGCUGCCAUGUAUCAGGCUACCAAGAUUUUCGCCUCCAACCUCAGGGAAACCAUGGCCCAACGGUUCUAUAAUUACAUCUUGUUGCCCCGCGUGCGUGACGAUAUCGACACGUAUCAGCGACUCAAUUUCCACCUAUAUCAGGCUUUGCGCAAGGCCCUCUUCAAACCCGGAGCGUUUUUCAAAGGCUUUCUGAUUCCGCUCUGUGAAGCCGGUGAUUGUACCUUGCGUGAGGCCAUCAUUAUUGGCUCGGUUUUGGCCAAGAACUCCAUUCCCAUUAUGCACUCUUGCGCAACCAUGCUCAAGAUCGCCGAGAUGGAGUAUAGCGGCGCCAAUUCGAUCUUUUUGCGGAUUUUCCUGGACAAGAAGUACGCCUUGCCGUUUCGCGUGGUCGAUGCGGUCGUGUUUCAUUUCCUGCGAUUCCGGUCCGAAAGACGCGAGCUGCCCGUGCUGUGGCAUCAAUCCUUUCUGACCUUUGUUCAACGCUACAAAGGCCAUGUGAGCUCCGAGCAAAGAGACGGCCUUUUGGAAUUAUUGCGGUUCCAACAGCAUCACGGCAUCACACCCGAAAUCCGCCGCGAAUUGGCCAAUGCCAAAUGUCGGGAUAUGGAAGUGGCUGAGCCUAUGGAGUCAUUGUAACUAGCUAGUAAGUCGUAUGAGUAAAGAAUAAAAUGCGCGUUUCAAACGUACGGCUGAA